UAUUAGGCGUUUGUCUUUUAAUCCAUAAAUAUAUACACACACUUUACAAACACGUCUAUUAUUAUUGGUAGUUUGGUACCGAAGAUCUUAAAAUUCUAUAAGUUUUUCCAUCUUUAUCAAAUUCCAUACUACCAUUUUAGUUAAAAAUGGGAGGCAAGAGUUCAAAGGAGACAUCACCGCCAGCUAGAGUUAACACGUACACCUAUCCCGACUCCGGUUAUUCUACUUACACCCCAAUGCAUCCUGAUGGCCCACCAUCGUCGCCUUAUGGUUACGGGUUACAAGGGUCUCAAAGACGGUUGGAUACAAAGUAUUCAAGAAUAGCCGACAACUACGAAACACUUGAACAGGUUACUUCGGCUCUUGCUCAAGCAGGACUUGAAUCGUCCAAUCUUAUUGUUGGUAUCGAUUUCACUAAAAGCAAUGAAUGGACAGGGAAGGAGUCAUUCAAUAGACGAAGCUUGCAUAGCAUUGGAGUGUCACAAAAUCCGUAUGAACAAGCAAUUUCGAUCAUUGGGAAAACACUAUCAGCUUUCGAUGAGGAUAACUUAAUCCCUUGUUUUGGGUUUGGAGAUGCCUCAACACAUGAUCAAAGUGUAUUCAGUUUCUAUCCGGAUUCAAGUUUUUGUCAAGGAUUUGAAGAUGUAUUGAGACGAUAUAAAGAGAUAGCUCCUCAACUUCGCCUUUCGGGGCCAACAUCUUUUGCACCUAUUAUAGAAAUGGCCAUGACAAUUGUUGAAGAAAGUGGUGGUCAAUACCAUGUUUUGCUGAUUAUUGCUGAUGGUCAGGUAACAAGAAGUAUUGAUACCGAAUACGGACAUUCCAGUCCCCAAGAACGAAAGACCAUCGAUGCCAUUGUGAAUGCCAGUAACUAUCCGUUAUCAAUAAUACUAGUUGGGGUUGGGGAUGGUCCAUGGGACACGAUGAAGGAAUUCGAUGACAACAUACCUGCUCGAGCCUUUGACAAUAUUCAGUUUGUGAAUUUUACCGAGAUCAUGUCAAGGAACAUUGAUCCAAUGAAAAAACAGACCGAUUUUGCUUUAACUGCGCUGAUGGAGAUACCUUCCCAAUACAAAGCAACCCUUGAGCUCGGCCUACUCGGUGCCCGAACGGGUUGUGCUCCAAACACCAUUCCCCUGCCUCCUCCUUGCAAUGACCAUACGAAUUUUAGGAAUCCGAGUGUCGGUCACUCUCAUGUAAAUGACAUUCCAUUCCCAGCACCAACUUCUAUCUAUGACAAUAACGUCUGCCCUGUUUGUUUCAAUAACCCAAAAGACAUGGCUUUUGGUUGUGGGCAUCAGACGUGUUGCGAGUGUGGAGUUAGUCUAUCGCUGUGUCCUAUCUGCCGCAGUGUGAUUGAGACCAAAAUAGUGUUGUAUUAGUUGGCUCAAUCGAGCCCGAUGUGAUAAGAAGGAAAUAGUAUCGUUAAUUUUUAACGUCUAGAUACAUGGUAAAUUAUGCUUUAGACUGUCUUUGUGAAUACAUAUUGUUGAUACAUAUUUGCAACGAUAUCGCGUGAUUAAUUUUUUUGUAAGCACUCUAUUUUGUCAUUUGUUACAAACCGAUCAUCUUUAAGUGUACUUGUUUGAA